GUUUGGCUCCCAGGUGAUUUAUAAAAUGGCCAACGAAACGUUUAAUGCGACAACCUUCACUUUAUGACAUAAAUGUCAAAGGUUUGAGAACUUUAUAAAUAUGAUUUUGUCCAGGUUCAGAAUUUCAAAAAACACAUGUAGCUUAUGCAGAUCAAUCCAAAGUUCACCGGAAUUGGCACAAUUGAAAACAUGCAGCCUCCCACGGUUGAUUGUCCCUCCAUUGGAGAAGACUAUCGAAAAGUACAUGAAAUCAGUGACACCAUUUCUAACCGAAGAGGAAUUCUGCAACACCAAAAAGCUGAUUGAAUUGUUCAAAGUAGAAGCAAAGAAUUUACAAAACCACUUGGAAUUAAGGGCCAAGUCCAUGGAUAAUUGGUUGGAAGAUUGGUGGUUAAACACUGCGUAUUUAGACGUAAGAAGUCCUGUGGUGGUUCUCUCCAGUCCAGGCCUUGUAUUCCCGAAGAGAAGGUUCAAAGGCUUCGAUGAUCGAUUGAAGUACAUAGUGGGAGUAAUUCAAGGAGCUCUUGUCUACAAGCUGAAAAUAGACAAUGCAGAAAUACCCACAGAAAAAAUGGGAAACAUCCCUUUGGACAUGGGCCAGUAUUCGAAAUUCUUCGGGACCUGCAGAAUACCUCAAAAAAAGAGCGACGUUCUUCAAUUUAAUCCAAAAUCUAAUCACAUUGUCUUAAUCAAAAACAAUCACUUCUUUAAAUUAACCGUUAUUAAUAGUGACAAAAAGGUGGCAGGCACAGAUCAAUUAAAGAGCUGUCUCCUCGACGUAUUUAGACAAUCACAAACUGCAGGUCUCCCAAUAGGAAUGUUAACAGCUGAUAACAGAGAUAAUUGGGCAGAAGCUCGAGAUUACUUGUGUGAAGCUCAUCCGGACAAUAAAUGUUCUUUGGAGGCGAUCGAAAAGUCACUGUUUGUUGUCUGCAUUGACAAUAGCAUGUUGUACUCCGGCUGUGACAUGAUUUUGGGAGCCAGGCAGUGUCUUCAUGGUGAUGGAAGCAAAGUUAACGGGGCCAAUAGGUGGUUUGACAAAACUGUGCAAUUCAUUGUAGGAACAGAUGGAACCUCAGGGCUGACUUACGAACACUCACCAAGUGAAGGCCAACCAAUUGCUACGAUGGUUGAUUUUAUAGUUAAUUUCAUCAAAGAUAAUCCUUGUAUGCCUGACGUAGAGCUAAAUGGGUGCCUCGAAAAGUUGGUGUUUAAAGGUGACAACCUGAGCGUAUACUUCGAUAGGGCCAGGGAGACACUCGAUCAAACCGUCAGAUCUGUGGACUUGGAGUGCUUCUCGUUCAGCGACUAUGGCAAAGCUAAAAUCAAGGGUUUCAAGCAAAGUCCCGAUAGUUACUUCCAAAUGGCAAUGCAAUACGCCUUUUAUGGACUGCAUGACACUCCCGCAGCUCAUUACGAAUCAGCAAUGACUCGCCAGUUUUUGGGGGGAAGAACCGAGACCAUACGGUCUUGCUCAGUUGAAUCGGUGGAGUUUGCCAAAGCCAUGUUGAAUAAGAACCUAUCAGAAAAGCAGCUAAUCAAGUACAUCAAGAAAGCCAUAAAGGCUCACAAAGAUUACACCGUCGAUGCCAUGAACGGACUUGGAGUGGACAGACACUUGUUGGGACUAAAGAAAAUAGCUGAAGAGAAAAACCUUCCGGUGCCUCAGCUCUUCAACGAUGUGUCCUACAAGCGGAGCUCCCACAUGAGGCUGGCCACCAGUCAGGUUGCCACCAAAUGCGACGGCUUCAUGGCCUAUGGACCUAUUGUGAAGGAUGGCUACGGUUGCUGUUACAACCCGAGGGAGGCCAACAUUAACGUUGCGAUCAGUUCCUUCACGUGCAGCUCAGAAACAAGUGCUAGAGCUUUCGGGGAGCGUCUUCAGAAGGCUUUGAAACACAUGGCGAGGAUUAUGUGCACUGACAAGGGUGAGCAGGAAAGGAAGUGUGCCCCAUCCAAAAAGGAGUUACAGCAAAAGGCCCAAAAGUAAGAAGACAUUGGAGAAAAUAUUAUAUUUAUUUAUUGUAAUAUAUACUAUGUUUUACUAGAUAAUAAUAAAAUAAUAGUUUUUA